GAACUAAUUGAUAAGUAAAGCACCUUGGGAUUAGAUAAGUAAGGUCCAAAAUUCCACUGGAUUUUAUUAUUAGUUUCUAUUUGUAAGUGAAAAUGUUGAUCAAGAGUAUUUUUAUGGAGUUGCGCUCCCGAUUGCGCAGUUGCAACGUUUAUAUAACUACAGGCGUUGAUUUCACAAAGAACUGUAACUUGAAAAUUAGCAUACAGUCAAAUUGUAUUGUACUCAAUUACUAUGACGAUAAUGAUAAAAUUAAACGCAGCGAUAGUCUGUCCUCAAUUGAAAGCCUCUCUGAUUGUUACUCUGAAGAGGAAUAUGAUGUUACCUCCACAAUACCGAUAGAAGAAUUCUGUCAAAUCAUACCAAACUCAAUGUCCUGUUUGAAAAUCGAUAAGAACACCAUCUCAUUCAGAAUCUUGACUGAACCAAGGAACGGCGGGAACUUCUACAAUGAACUGUUGACAUCAAACACAUCUGAAAAUGCAUCAAAAAGUAAUGAUAUAAAAAUUAAUCUUAAAAUUCAUAAUGAAUUAAAAAUUACCUGUGCUAACUGUUCAAAUACAAUUUCUGAAAGUUUGGUGAAGUUCGACAGAAUUCUAGAGUUGCCUUCAACUAAUAUGGACAUGUCAGAAUGGUUCUGUCAUGGGCACGGCCAUAAUUCUCACAUCGAACCUGUCCUGAAGUCAAAUAAACAUGAUUUCCUAUACAGACUAACAUCGUUCGUAGUAAACAAUACGGUGCUGUCCGAAAAAAGUAAAAAAUUCAAUUCCAAAAGGGAAAUAUACCAUUGUAACAGAUGCUUAGCUUGGUUGGGGAUCAAAAACAAGGACUCUGUGAAAUUAUUCAAUUCUGAAGUCACAAUAAACCAGGAUAAUAUGGAGAAGCGUGUCUUUAUUCACAAGACAUCGACAGAUGACCUAAAAAUUGAUGAUUUUAUAUUUACAAUUGAGAAAUUGACACAAGAAUUUAAUCUUGGUCUCCAGUACACUAUGAUGUGUAAGAUCAUACUGGAAUGCACAAUAUCAACAACUAACAAGCAAUAUCUGCUCAUUUGGGUCAUGGAUAAGGAGUUACAAGUGUUGAGGAGUUGCGGGGAACAUAUAGAUAGUGAUAAAAUUAAAUUACAAUCGUGUUUACUUACAAAAAUUUUGUAUAAAAUAGAAUUGUCUUUGAAUGAUGAAGUAGAGGCAUGGUUGUCGGACCCUGGGGUUGUAUCAACAGAUAUAUCAAAGAACAUGUUCUGUCGUGGUAUAGAACAUCUGCAGAACAUGUCUUUGAAAGUCCCAGAGUUGUUCCGCAACGCAAAUGGUUAUUGUGUAAGUUAUCUAAAGGUUUGAAUUGAAUAUAUUUUGCAGAUCCAA